AUGCUGGUUGCGUCUCUCCCCGAGGAGAUCAUGUACCUCGCCAUUGGUCGAUCCACUACGAGAGAGGUCUGGAGUUCCAUUGAAGCGGCCCUAAGCUCCUCCACCCGUGCCCGUUGCUUGAACCUUCUCGCCCAGUUCCAGUCGCUCCGGCAGGGCGACUCCACGCCGGCGGAAUAUCUCGGCUGUGCCCAACUCCUUGUCGAAGACUUAGCCUUGGCGGGUCGUCCGAUCUCCCUCGACGAACAAAACCUCUAUGUGUUUAGAGGGCUCAGGCCGAAGUUCAGGGCCAUGGCAGCGUCGCUCGUCGUCUCAGGUAAUCCGGUCUCGAUUCCUCAAUUGUCCGACUGCUUACAGACCCAACAAUUCAUCUAUUCGGAUGAUUUCGCGACUGGGGUUCCUGCGCUGCCCUCUAGAGCUCCGACAGUCAUGGUGGCCAACCGUUCACGAAGGCAGAAUGGUGAAUGA